UUGAAAACAUUCUAAAAAAAAAUUAACUAUAAAAUACAUUACUGUAUAUUUUUGCGCUAAAAAUGUUUUUUUAAUUGUUUACUUCUUUUAUUUGUACCAUAAUAAGAUAUGCUUGAUAAGUGUCUUAUAUAUCUUAAAAAAUGUCAGUGUACGUAGAUUAAUACUGAAUUGCUUAUUUGAUACUACUACAAGCUUGAAAUAUUAAACAGUUCAUUUACAAACUAAUAUGAAUUCACACUUGAAAAUAUUUUAUAGUAUAAGACAAAGAUCGAGGAUACCAUCCAUACAAGUGAUUACAAGAAAUUAUGCUAAUAUACAUCAACAAUAUUCUGCAGAAAAGAAAUAUGAAUCUUCUAAAAGUACACAAAAUUCUGGUACGUCGUAUGCAACAUAUAUUGUUGUCGCUGCAUCAGUUUUAGGUAUAUCCUAUUAUACUUUUAAAUAUAAAAGAAAUGUUUAUACUUUUAAUGCAAUGCAAAAUGUACAAUGUGGUCAAUUACGAAAGGAUAUGAAGGUCUACACCUUAGAAGAAGUAGGAAAACACGAUAGUAAAGAGAAUCGUAUUUGGGUCACCUUUGGACAAGGAGUGUACGAUAUAACAGAAUUUGUAGACAAGCAUCCAGGUGGUCCUUCAAAAAUUUUGAUGGCAGCAGGAGGUUCUAUUGAUCCAUUCUGGUCAAUUUUUGCCAAUCACAACACACCUGAAAUAUAUUCAUUAUUGGAAUCUAUGAGAAUAGGAAAUAUAUCGGAGGAGGAUGCUAAAUCCAACAACAACGAUGUAUAUGAUCCAUAUGCAAAUGAGCCUGCUAGGCAUAAGGCUUUAAUAAUCAAUGGUCAUAAACCUUUUUGCGCAGAACCACCAUCUUCGAUGUUGGUUGAAAGUUUCCUUACACCAGUUGAUCUCUUUUAUGUUCGAAACCAUCUACCAGUACCUGAAAUACAGUUGAAAGAUUAUAAAUUAGAAUUAGCAAUAGAAGAAAAAACCAUAAAGACACUUGAUUUUGAGGCGUUAAAAAAGUAUGACAAGCAUACUAUAACAGCAGCUAUUAUGUGUGGUGGAAAUAGGCGUUCAGAAAUGUCAAAGGUAAAACAAUUGAAAGGGAUUAAUUGGAACGUAGGCGCGAUUGGAAAUGCUACAUGGACUGGUGUGCGACUAUGUGAUGUAUUAAAAGAUUUGGGAAUCAAUGAAGAUGCAUUUGAUCAUGUUCAGUUUGAAGGAUAUGAUUUAGAUCCAUCUGGUACACCAUAUGGGGUAAGUAUUCCUAUCUCCAAAGCUAUGGAUCCAAGAGGAGACGUGAUUUUAGCUUAUGAAAUGAAUGGUAAACCAAUUAGCAGAGAUCAUGGCUUUCCAAUUAGAGUGAUCGUUCCUGGUGUUGUGGGUGCCAGAAAUGUCAAAUGGCUUAGUAAGAUUUGCGUUUCAAAACAAGAAAGUCAAUCGCAGUGGCAACAAGGCGAUUAUAAAGGAUUCUCACCGAGUACAACUUGGGAUAAUGUAGACUUCAGUAAAUCUCCUGCAAUGCAAGAAAUGCCUAUAACAUCUGCAAUAUGCGAUCCACAAAAUUUAGACGUAGUUGAAGUAAAGAACGGAAAAAUACAAGUAAAAGGGUAUGCAUGGUCUGGGGGUGGCCGAAAAAUAAUUCGUGUCGAUGUAACGAACGACAAAGGAAAGACUUGGCAUACAGCAGAUUUAACAGAAGAUCUUCAAGCAAAGCAAGGUCGACAUUGGAGUUGGUCAUUAUGGAGAGUGGAACUUCCUGUGGCCAAGAAUAUUAAUGAGAUUGAAAUCUGGUCGAAAGCAGUUGAUUCAGCAUAUAAUGUCCAACCCGAAGAUUUUGCGAAUAUUUACAACAUUCGUGGAUUGCUUUGCAAUGCAUAUCAGAGAAUUAAAAUUAAAUUAAAGCAAUAAAAAUCAA